UUAUUUAAAAUAUAAACUUGUUUAUUAAAAUAAAAAAUUUCUAAUUUUGUUACAGUACAAUAUUAUAACUUUUUACUGACUUAUAUAUAAAUUCAUAAAAAAUAUCUUGAUAACAAUUGUUCGCUUUGUACAUAAUCUAGAUGCACAAGAUAGUGAAUUAUAUAACAUAGUAAUUAUAUAUUAAUAUUUUAUACAUGUUUCGAAAGUGAUUAAGUGAAAAGCCAUGGUUAUUUCAUGAGUAACAUAUUUCUUAGUGGUUGUUUCACUAAACAAUGUGGAAGUAUUAAAAUUAAACUCGUCAGUCGUGGAUAAACUGCGAGAAGUUACGUUGGUUUUACGUAUCCGCAAUAGAAAUACGAAAAAAUUAUCCUUAAAAAAGAAAUUAUUGUAAAUACAUUGAAGUGUAUUGAUAAUGUAAUUACUAUUUGCUUGAUUAUAAUUACUACCAAGAUUGCCGUUCUCUUAUAAUGCAACGAUAAACAUGUUCAAAUCAUCAAAAUACCAAAGAUUCAAAGGAAAAAGCAAAUGGAAUAUAUGGCAAUUAUUCCGUGCCACGAAUUUUGAAUCACUGAUGUAUCCUUGCUUCACUUUUUGCCGUAUUUUGGGAAUAUUUCCAUACAAGAUCAACGUUUCAACCAUCAAGAUUUAUAAACCAUACUAUAUUUUAUCGACUAUCAUUAUUUGUGUCUUUUGCGUUUGUGAAUUAAUCAGUCUCUAUAAAAUCAAUGUUUCUAAAAAUAUAAUGUAUCUGAAUGAACCUAAGAAGUUUCAAAAUAACUGCUUCUUCAUUUUCGGUGGUUUUAUAACAAUCUUUACGUUCAUUUUAUGUAAACCACGAAUGCGUUUAAUUCAAACUAUAUUAGAACUCUCUUUGAAAUUACCUCCGGAAUCAUAUCAGGACCUAUCCAGAUUAAUUCAUGCUAAAGAUAUAUUUGGAUUUUUCAUUAUAGUUCUCAGCAUAUUUUUGGAAGAAUCGAUACUUUAUUUCAGAGUACAAUAUGACAUUUUACAAGAGAUUUUCGCACUAUACAUCGUUUUAUUGGUGUUUCAAAUGGAUAUGCUGUACGUAAAUUGUGUUUGUGUAUUAAAAGCUUGUUUCAAACAAAUCAACGAUAAUGUGGCGAAUCUAGGAAAAUGUGUGGUAAACGAUAAGCCAUAUAUUCGUAAGCGAACUUAUUGUAAGGAAAAAAAUUUAUUUCUCCUAAUGAAACUCAAAGCUUUGGAAAAGCAACAUUUGAUGAUCAGCGACACAGUGCAAAUGCUAAACAUGAUUUUUAGUUUGCAACUUCUUGCUACUAUAACUAUAACUUUUGUCGAAGUCACUUUCGUAUUAUAUUUCUAUAUAAUACAGUGGAAAAUUGACGUAUUAGUAAACUAUUUAAACAAUCAGAUUUAUGACCUAUUCUUGCUACUACUUAUGAUAUAUUAUUCUAUAAAAAUGAUAAUGAUAGUAUGGGCUUGUGAAACUGGCAAGACUCAAGCCACAGAAAUCAACACCACUGUUCAUAACUUGCUAAACAACACCAGCGAUAAGCAUAUAAAAUGCGAGUUGCAGCUAUUUUCCUUACAAUUAAUGCAUCAUAAAAAUGUAUUUUCUGCAAAAGGGCUUAUUGUGGAUGCUACUCUUCUUACUGAUGUAAAUAAGCGAUUAUUCGUUACGUUAAAUGUAAUUAUGUUUCACUUCAUUUUGUGUUCUUGUUUUUCAGAUGGUGGGUGGAAUUACCAGAUAUUUAUUUAUCUUGAUACAAUUUUUAUUCAUGACAAACUCUUGUGGUGAAAAAGGUAUACUAAAUACAGAUAUAAUCUAGUUAAUACACAGAUGUUAAGUAGAGAAAAAAAUAUUUUAAAUAUUAAAUGUAUUUAUUUGUAUCAUUAUAAGAGUAGAUAUUAUUCUCAUAAUUACUUUCCAUACUUUUUCUUUAUUCUAUACAUGUGUUAUAUUAUGUAUGUACAUAUUGCGCGCGCGCAUGCAAUAUAGACACAGAUAUUUGAAUCUCACAUACAUGUUAAUUAGUCAGUUACAAUUGUGAUGUGUUUUAUUUAUUUAGAAUAAUUUAUUUAGAGGUUAUUUAAUCAAUAUUAAAAUAAUUAACAUACAUAAUAUUUGAUUUCAUGUAAAUUAUAAUGUUGGAUUCUUUAAAUAUGACAAAAUCUAACAAUAUAUAUAACAAUAUUUAAAUGUUUAAUUAUUUUUUGUUAUAAUUAGUACACAAUGUAGUAAGGUGCCACAAAGUUAAAUGUCAAAAUUUCGAAAAUAAAGGGGUAAGGAGUAAACUACAAAAAUGUCUUUUAGUAAUUUCCUCGUUUUUAUUUCGUUCUGGAGAGAAUCGGAAAAAAAGAAAAACAGAAAUACUUUUACUUUUUCAGUUAUUUGCUAUUCCAUAUAUUUAUUUAUUUAUAUUGUUACUUCUUUAGAAAAAGUAUUGUUGAGAAUGUUGGCUUCUUGCAGCAAUCCAAGCAUUAUAUGUAACACUAUCUUUUCAUAUUGCCAAACACUAUAGUUUCAAAGGGUAUAAAAUUCAUUACACAUAUGUUUCAUAAUUGUAUCAUAAAUUUUAGCAAUUAGUGUCUUCGGUUAUUUCAUAAAUAACAACUUAUUUCCAUAAAAAUAUGUGCACUACAUUUAUAGGAGAAAUAAUUGUUAACCAGAGAUUAUAAUUGUAGUACAAAUUCUAUGUAAAUAAAUAAUAAAAAAAUAUUUAAAAAAUAAAAACUUCGUUCUCUUUUAUGAUUUUUUCCAAAAUAAAGCAAAAGCAAAAAAUGUCCAAAAAAUUUUUUUCUUAGUCAAUUUUCUACAUACUUCUGAAGUUUUGGCAUUUAAUUUUGGGACACUUUGUACAUAGAUUCAAAUAUUAAUAAGUUCUAUGUAAAAUUAAUCUUUAAUGUAUCAAAAUAUAAUAUAUAUAUAUAUAUAUAUAUUUAAUUCUUUCUUGAAUAAGAAAUUUUAAUUUACUACUAACUGCUGAGCAGCAUGUCAUUUAUUAACUUUAGCAUAUACAAUAUAAAGAUAAAGAUAAGAUUACCUGUUCGAUUUACAAUGGAUCUUACAAUUAGUAAUAAAUAUAAUCUUAGAUUCGAAUUAUUACUAAGGCAGCAACCGAGACAAUAUGCGCGUUCAAAACUAAAGCAUAAGACAUCUUAAAGAUGUUAUGAAGAUAUCUUUAGAUAUCUUUGUUUUAAAUCUUUUAAUCCGAUUAUAGUCAAAAGUUUACAUAUUUCUAAACAUUUAGUUAGAAAUAUUCACUAUACCUUGUUUGACGAUGAUAUUCUAUCUUAUAACUUUUGUUCCUAUUAUCAACUUUAGUCGGCCAUUGCUGUAACUAUUAGAAAAAAAGAAUAUAGCUUAGUGACUGAAGAAUGCCGAACACUUUGUGGUUAACCAUCGUCUUACCAAAAAA